UGGGCCUAGUUUGGGCCCUUAUCUCGCAGUCUAUAAGACUCGCACAGACAAUCACAAAGAAUAGAUCCGAUUUAUUACAUAUAAAACAGCUGAUUAAAAUCAAACAAACGAAUGUUGCUCGUCGUUAGCCGCCACUGAUUCUUUCUUCUUCACAGUUUUCUUGGUUUGAUGGAUUGCGCAGACACAAAAUUUGGGCGAGGACCUAGAGAACUUGGUGGUUCUGUUGAUCUUAUUAAGCAAUGCAAACUCUGGCCGCAUCACGAGUUUUUUUGCAAAAGGCCACUGCCUAUAGAGAUAUCAGACACUCGAUAUCUUCGCAAUAUCAUCGGAGAAGCAAAAAUCAAGAAAGGAGAAGGGAUGGAAUUGGAUCAACUCUUCCAGAAUGCCUCUGGUGUGGAGAAUAGGCAUCAGGACUUGCAUCCAUUUGACAUGGUUAUUCUCAGGGAAGCCUUUAAGAUGAGGGAAACAACAGACGCUGACCUGUCAUAUGUUGAGAAAGGAACCGGUAGACAGAUGCCUGAGAUGUGUGGUAACUCCACAGACAAAAUACUUGAAAACCACAAGAUUAGAGACAAGGAAAAGAGUAAGGAUCAUACGUGCCAACACCAUCGAAAGGACAGUGCUAAUAGAAAAGAUGAUGAGAAAACUCGCAAAAGCCAUCGUGAUAUUAAUACCAACAAUUUGCAGAAACUGCAAGACAAGAAAAGGAAGUUUGAAGGAGUGGAUAUUUCCAGUAUCCAAAGAGGCCGGAAGACAGAGCUGGAUAAUUUGAAGGCCAAGAUUGUUGACACAAGGAUCGCACGCUAGAAUUUCAAGUAUAGAUCUCUUGCUGUUCUUUAAAAGUUUUGAUUCCAUUUUGCUUCAUCCUUCUGUGUUACUAACUUACUAUAGCAACUUAUUCUUUCUGCUUCGUUUGUACUGGUUGAGGAAUUUUAUUUUUGAAGCACUAUUGUAAAUAUCAAUUGUGGGAGAGCAUUCCAAAUCAUCAAUGCUGAGAGUACUGGAUCAGCCUCCGGUUUUGGACAAUAGAACAUCCUUCGUUUCACUCAUGCCGGAUCAUGACCUGACCUUACCUCAUUUGUCUACAAACCAACGCUCAUAUCGGCAAUCAUUCUUGCCUAAAGUUCCCAGAAUGUGGUUUGAGCAUCUCAAGUUUCUAGCAGAUUGCCCACACAUAGUUAUUGUGCUGAAGAUCACAUACUUCAAAGAAAUCUAAACUUUUUUUUGUUUUUUGUUUUUUAGGUUUUCCAAAGUUGUUUAUGCUGCAGCAAGUAGGGUAAAUGUUGAAUGCACAGAAGCUACAUUUUUUUGACAAGUUAGUAGUGAAAGUAUUAUAAUUCUUGAAAAUGUGAUCUUCCGGCUUAUUGUA